AGCUGACAAUGGCAAUUGUACAUGCAACUGCUGAGUCGCAUGUAUAUCCCUUCAACAACUCUACUCUUUUCCUCUUCAUUUCUCAAUUCUCUCGUUUCCCUUUUCCUCCCCGACCCUUUUUUUUCUUUUACUUCCUGUACUUCCCGCCAUUUUUUUAUUGCUAUUAUCUACAAGGACUGAAUGGACGCCUGGGUAUCUCCGCUCGUCAAAUGGUUUAACGGUGAAGGGGCUUCUGUGGCUGUCGUGCAGGAGCCGACCGAAGAUGCGGAAUUGCCAGCAACCGACAUAGGAGCCAAUCAAUCAACAGAACAGAAAGAACGGGCACAGACCAUCAGAAACCCGAGUCCGAUCGAUCAUCUCUUGCAGCAGUCCACAGCUCUAAAGCAUGGGCUUUCACAGGACACGCAUGAACAACACUAUACACACCCAACCAAAAAAAUGUUGUCAAUUAAAGACGUGCUGGCGGACCCAUCAUCGGAAGGAUUACAGUCUCAGCGCACGUUUGUAGACAGUGACCCAUCACUCCUAAUGAAGUUCUCUAAUGAAGAUUUUAUACCGACAUCAGCGCCUGUGCCUACGUCUACUUCAGUAGCUUCAACUCUUCCUAUUCCUACUGCCGUGGCGUUAGAUGAGGAUGUGAUCGGCAGUAUAUUGAAUACACAACAACCACAGCAAAUAUUGCGAGACAACCCUGCACUAACAGCUGACCAGAUCGCAUCAACACCUACACCCGAUUCACAGCCCACUCGUCCAAAAAUAAGCAUACGUUCUAUUGUGCAUGCUCUUGAAUGGAUGAUCCAUAACAACAACAACCGUAAAAGGAAUAAGAAUGAAGAAGAGACGGUCAUCGAUGACAAUCAUAGCUAUGAUACUAAAACUUCGUCACAACAGGAAACCAGUAAGCGGAGGAAACAAAGGAAACAACCAUCUCACCCUGCUUCUCCUCCCCCACCACCUAGGCCGAUGAUCUCUAGGACGCGUCUUAAAGUAUUUGUGGGCACAUGGAAUAUGAUGGGUCAAAUACCACAUAUCAGCGAAGGCUUGACUGGGUUCUUGGAAGUGCAGGAUCCAGUAGUACAAAAUCAACAGCAACAAAAUUGUCCUGAUGAACAACAUAAGCCAGGGAAUUUUCCUUCAUCCCCAUUACUAUCGCCAUUAUCAACGUUGUCAGAACCGGAUAGUAAUCCUUCCUCCACAGGUACGACACAGUUCCAGGAGACAGUCGAAAGGAAGCAGAAGCAACAAAAACAACAACAAAAACCACAGCAUUUUGCACGAGGAAUUCCAUCAUCUAUGUCUACACCCAAUCUCUUAUUGUCACAAUCUUCAAUGAUGUCUGAUACCAACAGUACGGAAGCUCCAAGGCAAGAAUUCAAGCAGCGUGGUCUAUUCAACCGCUUCAAAUAUAAGAACAAUCAUAAAAGCAGCAGCGGUAGUAAUAAUGGUACUCCUCGCGUUAAUCUCAAGCCUUCUCCUUCGGUCAGCAAUCUCCCAAGUCAUUUUCAGUAUCACCAACAACAGCAACAACAGCAGUACCAUCAUUACCUUAAGCAAGGCUUUUCACAGCAAAGGACACCAUCCCUGAACCCCCUCCCUCAAGUGCCGACAAUAUUGAAAGAUCCGUUCUUGGAAAUGAAUGCGAAAGCUCCUUACCAUAUUAUUGCGAUCAACACGCAGGAAUGUGAGCGCGAGAUCCGAGAGGCUGUUUUAUUCCCUUCAAAGUCAGUUUGGGAAAAGUAUCUUCAAAAAAGCUUAGGACCAGACUAUGUGAUGAUCAAGACCGAGACAAUGGCGGCAUUACAUCUGGCGGUAUUUAUCUGGAAGCCGAUCGAAGAUCUUGUUACAGCGGUUGAUUCUUCAACAGUAGCGACUGGAAUUGGAGGUAUUGUGGGGAAUAAGGGGGCGGUUGCUAUUUCAGUUUACCUUGGGAGCAUGUCUUUCCUAUUUGUCAACGCACAUCUCACAGCACAUCAAAAUAAUACUCAAGCACGAAACAAUGACUACAAACGUAUAAUUCAAGAACUGCAGCUAAACGAUGCCCCCAAAAGCUCGCCUGGAGGAUGGUAUUUCGGGGGAGAUAUGCGCCUCCGACGACAUUACAAUUCUCCACCUGUUGCCACUGGACCGUCUCUACAGAAACCAGCUUACUACGGCAACAACAGCAACAACAAGAAUAAUAACAGUAAUAGUAAUAUCAAAAGAAAUGACAAUGCUGGCGGCGGUAGCAAUGGUGAAAAGAAGUCAACCAAUCAAUCAAGUACUCAUAGUGAUGGCAGUGAGUCCAAAAAGAGCUCCAACAACAAAAAUGAAGGCGAUAAAGAUAAAGAUAAAGAUCCAAGGAUGCCAAGAAAGGACGGGAGAGAAAGUGGUGAUAGUAAUGUUACUCAAAAUUCAUCAGCCAACGUGGAUAUAACAAACCAGUUUGAUUAUACAUUCUGGGCAGGUGAUUUGAACUAUCGUGUUGAUAUGACUCGCGCAGAAGCAGAUGAAUGCCUUCAAAAGGGGGAUUUAAAGUUAAUGGCGUAUCAUUUUGAUAAUAUUUUAGACAUUACUUGCGCAUGACCAGUUGACGCUUCAAAGGGAAGCUGGAGCGGUGUUUGAGGGGUUCAUGGAAGCACCUAUUACAUUCAAACCAACCUAUAAAUUUGAUCCGCUUUCACAAAUAUCAUCUUCAUCCUCCGAAAAGUCCGAUAA